AUGUCUACAGUCUCGCGUCUGACGGCACGGGCGAGGCAGACGUGCAUCGCAUCGUCUUCGCGAUCGGCAUUGGCAUUACCUCAAUUUCGACCUCUCUCUGUUGUUCCUCAGAUCCGCUCAAACUCGAUUGCUGGACAACGUAUCGCUUCGGCCUCAAUUGUGAAUCCCUCUAGACGAUGGGCGAGUACCGCUACGCAGCUCAAGGAGGAUGAAGGAGAGGAGGCGGAGGAAGCAGCAGAGGAAAAAUGGCCAGUCCGAGUUUUACCCCAGCUAAAGGAUGGCGAUCGAGCGCGACUGAGGCGUCAGAGGAAUGUGGGAAUCUCGGCUCACAUUGACUCUGGAAAAACCACCUUAACGGAGCGUGUUCUGUAUUACACUGGUCGUGUCAGGGAUAUCCACGAGGUCCGCGGACGAGAUGGUGUCGGAGCGAAGAUGGACUCUAUGGAAUUGGAGAGGGAGAAGGGGAUCACAAUUCAAUCCGCAGCCACAUUCUGUGACUGGGUCUCUUCUCCGCCUCCCAAUGAAACACCAGUUGGCGGUGAAAUCAACGAGCAGAAGGAAAACUUUGCUAUCAAUAUCAUUGAUACACCGGGUCACGUCGAUUUCACGAUCGAAGUGGAGCGCGCCCUGCGAGUCCUAGACGGUGCGGUCUUGGUGCUGUGUGCUGUUUCGGGAGUUCAGCAGAGUCAGACCAUCACCGUAGAUCGUCAGAUGCGACGAUACAACGUUCCAAGAGUGGCAUUUAUCAACAAAAUGGAUCGUGCCGGCGCGAAUCCUUGGAGGGUCAUUGGUCAGCUUCGAUCCAAGCUGAGGCAUAAUGCUGCGGCUCUUCAAGUCCCCAUUGGAUCCGAGGACAAAUUGCAAGGUGUUGUGGACAUCAUUAGAAUGAAGGCCAUCUACAAUAAGGGCGAGAAAGGCAACCAAGUGGUCGAGUCGGACGAAAUUCCUGCAGAUCUGCUAGAUCUCGUCAAGGAGAAGCGAGCAGAGCUCAUUGAAAAUCUAUCAGAGGCGGACGAGACACUCUGCGACAAAUUCUUGAACGAGGAGCCAAUCUCCAACCUGGACAUUGCGCAAGCGGUACGACGAGCCACUGUGGCUCUGCGGUUCUGUCCUGUCCUCAUGGGAUCAGCUAUCAAAAACACCGGUGUUCAGCCCGUCCUCGAUGCUGUGUGCCAGUACCUGCCAGACCCCUCCGAGAUCCACAAUCAAGCGCUGGAUGCGACCUUACCAGCUAAUGCUCCACCUAUCCCUCUUGUCCCGGCAGGAGAUGCAGCUCUCGUUGGGUUGGCAUUCAAACUGGAAGAAGGACGUUUCGGCCAAUUGACGUACAUGCGUGUAUACCAGGGUACUCUGCGAAAAGGACAUAUGAUUAUCAAUGCCAGGACCGGCAAGAGAGUCAAGGUGCCGAGAUUGGUUAGGAUGCAUAGUAAUGAAAUGGAGGAUGUCGACUCCAUCGGUGCUGGAGAGAUCUGUGCCAUCUUUGGAGUUGAGUGUUCAUCUGGCGACACAUUCACCGACGGCAAGACGACCUACACUAUGACCUCCAUGUUUGUGCCGGACCCUGUCAUCUCACUGUCAAUCCGCCCCGAAGGAACUGAAACCCCAAACUUCUCCCGUGCUUUGAAUCGUUUCCAGAAAGAAGACCCCACCUUCCGUGUACACGUUGAUUCUGAGUCCAAGGAGACGAUCAUCUCCGGUAUGGGAGAACUGCACUUGGAUAUCUACGUCGAGCGUAUAAGACGAGAGUACGGCGUCGCAUGUGUGACUGGUAAACCUCGGGUCGCAUUCCGUGAGACAAUCACUCAGCCUGUCAACUUUGAGUACACCCACAAAAAACAGUCUGGUGGUGCUGGCCAAUUUGGUCGAGUUAUGGGCAGGAUCGAACCCAUGGAAUUUGACCCGGACACAGGAAAAGACACUGAAUUCUCAAACCAGAUGAUCGGAAAUGCCGUGCCGCACCAGUAUAUCCCAGCUAUCGAAAAAGGAUUCCAAGAGGCGUUGGACCGCGGACAACUCACUGGUCAUCCCAUCAUUCAAUGUCGAUUCGUUCUUACCGAUGGGCUCGCUCACGUUGUCGAUUCGUCCGAAUUGGCUUUCAGAAUGGCCUCCUUGGGCGCUUUCAGAGAAGCGUUCCCGAAGGCCAAACCUGUCAUCUUGGAACCAGUCAUGACUGUCGAAGUGGUCGCUCCUGUCGAGUUCCAGGGGAACGUCAUCGGAGCUAUGAAUCAGCGCAAGGGUACUAUUGUGGACACUGAAGUCCGAGACGAAGAAUUCACUUUGAUCGCCGAGGUGGCUCUGAAUGACAUGUUCGGAUACGCUUCGCAGCUUCGUGGAUUGACUCAGGGUAAAGGCGAGUUCUCGAUGGAGUACAAGAAGCAUGCACAGGUCAUGCCGUAUCUCCAGAAGGAGAUGAUGGAUGCAUUCCAGAACAAGACUGUGAAAUAA